CAAUCCAAAUUCCAAACCUUGGAACUAAAUUUCUUGCAGCGGAACUUCUGAUUAGGGCUUCUUCUUCUUCACUGGUAGAAUCGAAUCCCAUUCAUGAUUCAUCCUUCUUCUUCACCAUGAGAAAUACUAUUCUGAAGUGGUUUCCUACAUCCAACAAAAGCUCUCUUCUUCGAUCUCUCGUUUUGUCUGCUUCUACUGCUGCUGCUGGAUCCGGUCUUUAUUUCUAUUCAAACAUUGACACAGACCCAACAAGACCAUCCUUAUGGAUUUCUGUUACUAUCCCAAAGCAUGAUCAUCCAUCUUGGUGGCCAUGGAGAACUUGGGGACCAAUGUUUCUUCAUCCCUCUUUUAAUUCCCCAGGAAAUGUGCCAUUGUUUUUCUCUAGGUCUGGAGGAGAUAUUCCACCACCUGCAGAUACGAGCAAAGAAGCUAAAGGUUGUAAUGGGUGCUUCAGUAGAGAUUCAAUUGCCAAUGCUGCUGCGAUAACUGGUCCUGCUGUAGUUAAUUUGUCUGUCUCACAAGAUUUACACGGAGUUACCUUGGGAAAGAGUGUUGGUUCUGGUACCAUAAUCGAUUCUGAUGGUACUAUAUUGACUUGCGCUCAUUUGGUUGUGAGUCAUCAUGGCUUAUCAACCAAAGUGGGGAAGGUUGAUGUAACAUUACAAGAUGGUAGGACAUUUGAAGGAAAAUUGAUCAACGCGGACUUGCACUCUGAUAUUGCAAUAGUGAAGAUCGACUCCAAAACCCCGCUUCCAUCUGCAAAACUUGGCACUUCAAGCAACCUUCGUCCUGGAGAUUGGGUGCUUGCAAUGGGGUGUCCUCUUUCCCUUCAGAAUACUGUUACAGCUGGUAUUGUGAGUUGUGUUGAUCGCAAAAGCAGCGACUUGGGUAUUGGAGGAAUGCGGAGGGAAUACUUACAGACUGAUUGUGCUAUUAAUUCUGGUAAUUCGGGUGGACCUCUUGUAAGCAUUGAUGGUGAGGUUGUAGGUGUGAACAUUAUGAAAAUAAGGGCUGCUGAUGGAUUGAGCUUUUCUGUACCAAUUGAUUCCGUUGUGACAAUUAUUCAACAUUUCAAGAAAAGAGGGAUGGUUGUGAGACCUUGGCUUGGAUUGAAAAUGAUUGAUCUUAAUGAAAUGAUUAUUGCUCAACUAAAGGAAAGGGACGACUCUUUCCCAGAUGUGACUAAUGGUGUCCUUGUACCUAUGGUAACACCAGGCUCACCUGCUGACAGAGCGGGAUUUCUCCCAGGUGAUGUUGUUGUUCAAUUCAAUGGCAAGCCUGUUGGAAGCAUCAAAGAGAUUGUUGACCUGAUGGGAGAUCAAGUUGGGAUACCCUUAAAAGCAGUUGUAAUGAGAAGAGCUGGUGAGAAUUCUAUUACUUUGACUGUUAUCCCUGAGGAGGCAAAUCCCAGUGUGUAAAUGUUGUUUGUCUCUCUUUUAAGGAUUCAAAGAAAAGUCUGGUAUGAAAAACUAAAAGAUUACAACAAUUACUUUUAAGGAAUAUUGAUUUGAUACUUC